GCUCGUGUCGGUGCACGAGUCAAGCAGUAUAUCGCUCUUCGUGGUCUGAACCGAAACAAAACAAACCGCGAAACCAGAGUAGUUUUCCAAAGUGGAGGCUUUUUACCACGUGUGUCAGUUGCCUGACACACACAAGGAUCCCCAAAAACGCUUUGCGUAGAUCUUCAAAAAUUAAAAAAGCAAAAAAAGACACUCAAAUUUGAUAAAAAGCUGCGUGUGAUGACGGUCUGUUUUUGUUUCUUUGAGAAACGCUUUGGGACGUUUUGAGUUACGUGUAUAGGUACGCAAUUCGAGUCUGAGUGUGUAAGUCUGUAACAAAAUUAGUGUUACAACGAGUUAUAUUGCACGAAAAGGUCCUACAACUGAUGGGAAAAAUGAUCAAAUUUAUAUGUGACCUUCGACGCGCGUACCUUUAGGAGAUUGACUCUAGAAUUUAAUCAACAGAGAAAUCAAGUUUCGCUCGCUUGAUAUUUUCUUAAGGGUAUUUUCUUAAGAGAAAGAUCAAUUUUUUCCACGAAGACAGAAGAAAACAAGGGAAAUUGGAACAACUUAACCGAAGAAAAGAAGAAGAAAAAGAAUUUAACCCUGCUUGCACCAAAUGAAAACUCCAUUAACUCCGAUCGACUAUCAACGAAACAGAAAGGACGCUCCAAUUUCGCCACAAACUAUCGGAAAAGAGCCAGCUGUGCCGCGUUUGUCGUGAUUCUCACAGAAUGUCAAAGAACUUUCGGAGUGAUCGGGAACUACUUUUCGAGCAUCGUUCGAAGUGAGCGAAAGAAAUCGCAAUGACAUCCACCGUAGCGUCGAUCCUGUCGUCGAACAGCACAGCCUACUCCGACAUCCUCUACAAUGACAUCUCGUCAUCCUCCGGAUUCGAGCACUUCAACAACACCUAUGCGGACGAGAUCGAGUUGUCGCCCGGCUCGUACCGCGACUCGCUCUACGUGGUGAUACCGGUGACGAUAAUUUACGCGUCGGUUUUUAUCACGGGCAUUGUCGGCAACGUCAGCACGUGUAUCGUGAUCGCACGCAACAAGUCCAUGCACACAGCCACCAACUAUUAUCUCUUCAGCCUAGCGGUGUCCGACCUGUUGCUGCUGGUGUCAGGCCUGCCGGCUGAGAUGUACAUGGUCUGGUGCAAGUAUCCGUACAUCUUCGGCGAGGGCUUCUGCGUGUUGCGCGGCCUCGCGUCGGAGACGUCGACGAACGCGUCGGUCCUCACAAUAGCCGCGUUCACCGUCGAGAGAUACGUCGCGAUCUGCCAUCCGUUCCUCUCGCAGACCCUGUCCAACUUGUCGCGCGCGAUUAAGUUGAUCCUCGUCAUCUGGCUGGUGGCACUGGGAUUUGCGUUGCCGCAGGCACUGCAGUUCGGCGUGGUUAGACACAGCAGGCACCCCGACAUAGUGAUGUGUACAGUGAAGAGAAUCAUUGUCAAUCACUCCUUCGAGCUGUCCACAUUCCUAUUCUUCGUGAUACCGAUGUGCCUGAUCACGUUCCUCUACGUGCUGAUUGGCCUUAAGCUCAGAAAAUCAAACAUGAUGAAGCCCGUGCCGGGCAGAAACGAAUCGAUGAAGAAUUGCAGACACCAGCCGGGAAGAUCGUCCAGGAGGGUGUUGAAGAUGCUAGUCGCAGUCGUAAUAGCAUUUUGCAUUUGCUGGGCUCCAUUUCAUAUUCAACGAUUGAUUGCCAUAUACGGAACUAACACAGAAGAUCAUAUCACAUCAAACGGCCCGUGGAUGGAGUUUCUUUAUCUGCUGUUCACCUACGUGUCAGGAGUAUUAUAUUACGUGUCCACAACGAUUAACCCAAUUCUCUACAAUAUUAUGUCGAAUAAAUUUCGCAUGGCAUUUAUGGAGACAUUAUCAAAGAGCUGCAGAUUUCCUGGACUGCCGGAGCGUCACGAGCAACGAUCCUACUCGAGCAUAUCUCGAUCCCAUCGGACCAACGGUGCAUACGGUUCACGUACAGGAGGAACUGGCGGAGGAUCAGGCGUGAUGGCGGAUAGCACGGAGGGUUCUGGAAAUUCCGCGGAACAGGAGGUUCAAAGGCAUCCCAUGAGCAAUUCAGAGAAGCAAACGAGAUCCUUUGGCAACAGAACAAAUUCAGUGCGCAAAGAAACCGCCAAAGAAACGAGAAAUAACAAUAUUUCGAACAACUUGCGACUGCCAACUCAUGAACAUCGCAGACAGGAGAGUAAACGCGGAAAAGAUCGAUUGAAUCGCAGAAAUCAGGAUGUUCCGUGGUCGAAAACGACGAGAUACACGAGUGUGCACAUUCCGAACGUCGACACUUCCGAGAAGAAGUGGUGGAGGUUCCUGAAGUGGCUGCCCGGUUUGAAAAAUUUCAAGUUUUCCAGAUCGACCGUACCCGAGGAUCACGUUGCGGACGAAUCCGGAAAUCCUUGCGAGGAGCUUUCCAUGACGUUGUUCAUCACGAACAUACGCGACGACAACGAGCAACGACCGGUGUGAGAAGGACGGAGCUACCUACUUGAGACUACAACAAAACAGACACUUCUGCAUUUAUUGACGCGCGCUCUGUCGUCGCAAAAUCGUUCCUUGUCGGGAAAAAAAAAAAAAAAACGAUACUGUAUGCUUGUUGAUCACUUGCAGAACGCAAAACUCAGCAAGUUCGCGAAGCCGCGAUUUAAGGACUUCGUUAAAAAUGAAGAAGACUGAGACAAACGAUGUUUGUAGUUCCAAUCUCAUAAAUUUACAAGAUUCCUAAUAUUAUUAUUCAUCGUAUAAUAGAAAGAUAGGACCCUUCUCGAGAUCUCUCUGCGAAAUCUAUAAAAUUCAUGUAAAUGUCGCAUUUGUCGAACAGAUUUUAUGCAGUUUUUUGCCAUUAGUUGAUGCGCACGGUGUUUUUGCGGAUGAUGCCGUCGUCCGAAAUUGUAUCCAAAAUCUAUGAAUAAAUUUGAAGCGUCAAAUACGAGUAAACAUGUCAUCAAGAUUAUUGCGGUGAUAGAUACGUGUGUCGCAAACAUCGGCAACUCUUUUCUCGGUGACUUAAUAAAUCAAGCAUAUUGCGAUGCUGAUUCAUAAAUCCUUGCAUAAUAUAUUCUUGUCACGUGCUCACUCAUAUUGAUCAUUCCAUCCAGGAAUUUUCUCAUCUUAUUCCGCUCUAUUAGAGCGCGAAUGAUAUAUACGCACAUUAUACGGAGCAAUGUUUUACUACGUGAUUCCCCGGCAUACUUCCAUCAAAUUUACGGGUUCGAGAAAGAUUUUCUUUCAAAACGUGGCGCUAUUCGAAACUGAAUUAAAACUUUGUUUUAUCUCCUUAUCCUUCGCUACGUUUCUCCUCUAACUGAAGUGCCAACUCUCGUUUGUUCUGAGCAAAUAUUAUGAAGAACAAUUAACGUCUAAAUUGUGAAAGUCUCGUACAAUAACGUUUUAAACAGUUACAAGUUCACGUAUACAUAUAGCGAGUAAAACGUGCUCUAAAAUAAAUUAGGCGAAGGUCAAAAUAAAGCGCAAUUACUUCGAAUAAAAAACUUUUGUUGUGGAUACAUUAAGCGAUAAGUAAUAUAAUAUGCGUCGCAUCAUAUAAAAACGCGUCGCGUAUGCACGUUUUGGAGGUCGCGCUGUAAGUUGCGCGCGAAUAGCUGCAGCGCAUUUGUUGUCGAAUCAAGCCCCACCUGCAAACCUUGAUUUUUUUUUGUGAAAAUAUUAUACGAAAAAUAAUUAUUUCGUUACAAAGCGAAAAAAAGUAUGUCGAAGUUUGUCGCGUUGUGUGUGUUACUCAUACAUUUACGAUUACAUACUUCAUGUUAUCGUAGAGUUGUAAUGUUUUAGCGUGUAAUUUAGCGUAAGAUAUUGUGAUUCUCUCUUCCUGUCGAUUGAACUUUGAUAAUGUGAUAGUGUGUUUUGUUAUGUAAACAACAUAUAUGUAAGUGUAUAAAAAUGAUUAACUGUUUUCUGUCGUUUUUUCUUUUUACGUACAUGUAUCUUAUCCCAAUGGAUGUUGUUCACAAGUGUAUGUAUCGAUAUUUUUAAUAAUUACAUGAGGCGCUCGUAACGCAUGUUGGA